AUGGGGCUCAAACCGUAUAUGGGCCUGAGGGGCAAUGCUCUCCUUCGGGCGGCUGUCAUGCUGGUCGUGUGCCCGACUUUUACAUGUUAUGGAUACAAUAUGAGUGUCGCAGGUGGUUUAUUAACCCUUGAGUCGUUUAAUGCUCAGUUUCCACGAAUGGAUACAUUGCAUGGGAACGCAGCGACUAAACACGAAAACGCCACUAUUCAAGGCACAGUUAUCGCACUUUAUACUGCCGGAGGUAUCUUUGGCGCUUUAUCCUGCAUCUACCUCGGCGAUCUCCUUGGCCGACGAAAGGUCAUUUUCAUUACCAACUUUAUUGCCGUUAUCGGUGCCAUUCUUAUGGCUACUUCAUUCCAAUUUGCCCAAUUUAUUGUUGCUCGAUUGGUUCUUGGUCUAGGCAUUGGUGGUUAUCUCGCGACAGUCCCCGUCUGGCAGUCCGAAAUUUCCCCUUCACAUAAGCGAGGUUCCAACGUCGUCACUGAUGGCAUAUUCGUUGGAAUCGGUGUUACCAGUGCACUAUGGAUUGAUCUCGGCUUCUAUUUCAUCAAAGGUAGCUCGGUGUCCUGGAGAUUCCCGCUUGCCUUCCAGGUCGUGCUAUGUCUCAUUGCUAUGACAUUUAUCAUGCUACUGCCGGAGUCCCCUCGCUGGCUCAUUAAAGAGGGACGAGUUGAAGAAGCCAGAGAGGUCCUUCAAGCUCUUUUGGAUGUUGAUCACGAUUCUGAAAUAAUCACAAAUCAAAUUUAUGACAUUGAAACGUCUCUCGCCAAAGCCGGAUCUUCAUCAUGGCGCGAUAUGUUCACCAUGGGUGAGCAACGACUUUUCCACCGCGCAUAUCUCGCCGCAACUGGCCAGAUGUUUCAGCAAAUGUGCGGUGUGAACUUAAUCACAUACUACGCAACCACAAUCUUCCAGCAGUACCUCGGCAUGGACGCCGUGCAGUCCCGAAUUCUUGCUGCUGCGAUGGGUCUCACACAACCGUUGGGCGGCUUCCUUGCCUUUUAUACCAUUGAUCGACUGGGCCGCCGUCCGUUAAUGCUCUGGUCUGCUGGCGCGAUGUCCAUAUGUAUGGCCAUUCUCGCUGGCACAACUGGGCAAAAGGGUAAUACCGGUGCCCUUGUUGUAGCGGUGGUCUUCCUUUACGCCUUCCAAUUCAUCUUCACAGUCGGCUACUCAGGUUUAACAUUCCUGUAUGCUGCAGAGAUGGCUCCACUGCAAGUUCGCGCUGCCGUGAACGCUGUCUCAACUGCAACUGUGUGGGCAUUCAAUUUCCUAUUGGCUGAGGUCACGCCCGUUGGCUUCGAUACGAUCUCUAGCCGAUAUUACAUCAUUUUCGCCGUCACAAACGCAGCCAUUGUGCCUUGCGUGUAUUUCUUUUUCCCAGAAACCAAGGGACGCACCCUGGAGGAGAUUGAUGAGAUUUUUGCACAGUCCAAGUCUAUCUUCGAUCCACCCCGUGUUGCCCGCCGUAUGCUUCAGGUCCAGGUUGGCCAGGCGCAGUCUGAUAGCGGUGAUAAUAACACGUCUAGUGAUGAAGCUGUAAAGAUGAAGGUAUAG